AUGCAGUUUAUAAUUGCCUUGUGUGUUUUGGUUGCUUGUGUUUCUGCACAACAAGAGACAUUGAAAAAGAGGUCUGUUGGCGACUACAACCCAGACUACAGGCAAGAUUACAGGAGAAAGAGAUCGGGAGGUCACAAACACGGUCAUGGCGGUGGUUCUGGAUCUGGUCACAUCGGAGGUGGAGUUUCUGGUAGCCUUGGGGGCGGACUUAGUGGUAGCCUUGGAGGCGGACUUGGUGGUAGCCUUGGAGGCGGACUUGGUGGUAGCCUUGGAGGAGGACUUGGCGGUAGCCUUGGAGGAGGACUUGGUGGUAGCCUUGGAGGAGGACUUUCGGGGGGUUUAAGUAGCAAUGUUGGAGGAGGAAUUUCUAGUGGACUCGGAGGAGGACUUUCUGGAAGUCUUGGAGGAGGACUGUCCAGUGGACAUGGAGGUGGACAUGGAGGUGGUGUAAGUGGUGGACUUUCAAGUGGACUUGGAGGUAGUCUUGGUGGUGGACUUUCCGGUGGUUUAAGUGGCAAAGUUGGAGGUGGUGUUUCUGGAGGUCUUGGAGGUGGUAUUUCUGGAGGACUUGGGGGAGGAAUUUCUAGUGGCCUUGGAGGAGGACUUUCUGGUGGUCUUAGAGGAGGAAUUUCUGGUGGCAACGCAGGUGGGCUGUCCAGUGGUUUAAGUGGCAAGGUUAGAGGAGGGGUUUCUAGUGGACUUGGAGGAAGACUUUCUGGUGGUCUUGGAGGAGGAAUUUCAGGUGGACAUAGAGGUGGUCUGUCCGGUGGUUUAAGUGGCAAGGUUGGAGGAGGGGUUUCUGGUGGACUUGGUGGAGGAAUUUCUGGUGGUCUUGGAGGUGGAAUUUCUAGUGGACUUGGAGAAGGUCUUUCUGGUGGUCUAGGUGGAAGAAUUUCUGGAGGACAUGGAGGUGGGUUGUCCGGUGGUGUAAGUGGUGGACUUUCCGGUGGAACUGGUGGAUCAUUAGGUGGUAAGAUUAAAGGAAGCCUUAGUGGAUCAACUGGUGGUGGAUUAAGUGGCGGGCUAGGAGGCGGUGUAAGAGGAAAUAUUGGAGGUGGACUUGGAGGUGGUCUGUCCGGUGGUGUAAGUGGUGGGCUUUUAGGUGGCCUAAGCGGAGGAACUGGUGGAUCAUUAGGUGGUAAGAUUAAGGGAAGCCUUGGUGGGUCAACUGGUGGUGGAUUAAGUGGCGGGCUAGGAGGCGGUGUAAGAGGAAAUAUUGGAGGUGGACUUGGAGGUGGUGUUAGUGGUGGACUUGGAGGUGGCCUUACCGGAGGAACUGGUGGAUCUUUAGGGGGUAAGAUUAAAGGAAGCCUUAGCGGAUCGACUGGUGGUAGCUUAAGUGGUAAUCUAGGCGGUGGUGUAAGUGGUGGACUAGGAGGAAAUCUAGGCGGUGGUUUAAGUGGUGGGCUAGGUGGCAGUCUAGGUGGUGGAAUCAGCGGUGGGCUAGGCGGUAGUCUAGGCGGUGGUGUUAGCGGCGGCCUAGGCGGCAGUCUAGGUGGUGGACUUGGAGGUAGUCUAGGUGGUGGACUUGGAGGUAGUCUAGGUGGUGGACUUGGAGGUAGUCUAGGUGGUGGACUUGGAGGUAGUCUUGGCGGUGGUUUAUCUGGAAGCAGUGGUAUCAAGAUGAAAAGUAGCAGUAGCAGCAGUAGUAGUAUAUCUUCUGGAGGAAGAAUUGGUGGUGGAAAAUAUGGAGGAAGUUCUGGAAAAUGGGGUGGAAGUUCCGGAAAAUGGGACUAA